UCUCCACCCAAACUCGGCAUCCAAAAUCUUCUCUCAUAAUCUCAAGAGGCAAACAGCAAGUCACUAAAUCUCCUUUCCACUUUUCACUUUCCAAAUGGCUCGUACUAAGCAAACCGCCAGAAAAUCCACUGGAGGCAAGGCACCAAGGAAGCAAUUGGCCACCAAAGCCGCUAGAAAAUCAGCCCCAGCCACCGGCGGAGUUAAGAAGCCACACAGGUUCAGGCCAGGAACCGUGGCCUUGCGUGAAAUCCGAAAGUACCAAAAGAGUACCGAACUCCUAAUCAGGAAACUCCCAUUCCAAAGGCUGGUGAGGGAAAUUGCCCAGGAUUUCAAGACCGAUCUGAGGUUCCAAAGCAGCGCCGUUGCGGCUCUUCAGGAGGCGGCUGAAGCUUACUUGGUGGGUCUCUUCGAAGACACCAAUCUGUGUGCCAUUCACGCUAAGAGGGUUACUAUUAUGCCUAAGGAUAUCCAGUUGGCUCGUAGGAUUAGGGGCGAGAGGGCUUAGAUUUACUUGCUUUAGUUUUGUAUUUGUUUUGUGUGUUUAGGGUUUAAUGUGGGAAAUAUGGAGGUGUAAAGCUGUGGGGAAUUAGAUGGUAAUUUGAUGUUUAGAGUGGGAUUAAGGUUAAUGUCCUUGAAUGCUAAGUGUUUGUUAUUGGAAAUGGUUUUUAUUACGGAAAUGAAUUACCUUUUCUUAAUUGGGGAAUUAA